AUGAUGCUGGACAAAGAAUUUGCGAAACACCUCAUUACUCUUAUGUUGUCCGGCGAUGACUGGAGAUUUUGCAGAGAUCCGCUGAGAUACAAGCUUAAAGUUUGUGAAGCAGCUGGUAGACCAUUGUUGUCAGCCACAGUCAUCGAGACCUUAAGGGUUGAAGAGAUAGAGAAGAGACUUGGACAAUCUGUAGCUGAAAUCCAUGCUAUCGUGGCAAGUGGAAAAGGGAAAGGACGCAUCAAAAAUGAAGCAGCAGUCGUACCUAGUGUGUACAAUUACACUUCACCACCUAAAUUCACUGCCAACACUUCAUUUGCUGGUCCUAACUGA